AUGGGCCCCAUUGCCAUCCCUAAUCUCUCCCUAGAUGAACUUCAAAGUUCUUUGUUGGUCCAUGAACAAAAGAUGAACAGAAGUUCAACAAUGAAGGAACAAGCAUUGAAGGCUUCUACCAAUACUCCUUCAUACAACUCUAGAGGAAUGGAUAGAGGUAGAGGUAGAGGACGAGGGCGUGGAGGUCGUGGAAAUAGAGAUUUCAACAAGAACUCUAGAGGCAACAAUGACCAAUUUCAAGGCAAUGAUAGAGGGAGAGAUCAUAAUAAAUCAAAGGUAGAAUGCUUUAGAUGUCAUAAAUUUGGUCAUUAUGCUUUUGAAUGUUAUACUAGACUGCCUAAUCUUAAAGAAAAGGGUGAAAGUUCAAAUUUUAUCGAGGAGAAAGAAGUAGAAACCCUGUUGAUGGCAAUUGAAGAUGCAAAAAAUAGCGAGGCAGAAAUUUGGUAUGUUGAUACUGGCUGUAGUAAUCACAUGAGUGGAAGUAAGUCAUCUUUCUCAUAUUUAAAUGAAAAUUUUCACUCUACCGUGAGCUUUGGUGAUUGCUCUACUAUGAAAGUGAUGGGAAAAGGUGAUAUAAAAAUAAAAACCAAGAAUGGUUUUGUAGAAACAAUUUCUAAUGUGUUUUAUGUCCCUGACUUGAAAAGCAACUUGUUAAGUGCUGGUCAAUUACAAGAAAAAGGUUAUGAAAUUUUUAUUAGCAAAGGUUCUUGUGAAAUUAUUGAUCCUGUUCGAGGUGCUAUUGCAGUUGUAAUCAUAAGUUCAAACAGGCUAUUUCUGUUGAAAAUUGAAACAUUCAAUCUGGUUUUUUUGGCUAAAGCUACUAAUUCUUCUUGGUUGUGGCAUUAUCGUUAUGGCCAUUUGAGCUUUAGUGGAAUGAAGACCCUUUAA